AUGGAACAAAAUCAGAACAAUGGUCGAAAUUUGAAUGAAGAGGUGCAAAAUGAUUGGGGAAGAAUGAGAGGUUGGAAUAUGGUGCAACAACCAGAAAAUCUAUGGAAUUUUCGAGGAAGAAGAGCGCAAGCCGGGGGAAAUCGACAAAAUGUUCCAGCACAAAAUAUGAAUAAUAUGAGACAUGGCGGAGGAAGAGGAAAUGAAAGACAUCGAGCACAAAGUCAACGAGGACAUGGAAGACGAAAUGGAGAUGUAAGAUAUUUUACACGGAAUUUUACAGGAGAGAGACGCAGAGAAAUCCAAAACAUGAAAUUCGAAAAAAUUUGAAAAAUAUUUUUCCCGCGCUUGGUCUCAAAGCGAAGAUAGUGUUUUGUACCUCUCUUGGAGUUUAAAAAAUUCUUUAAAUUUUGUGCAGAUUCAUCCUGAUUUGUUUCAGCAACAAGAAACUCGUCGAAAAGAUUGUCGCACAGCAUUUGAAUUCGAUCACAGAGAAGAGCAAUGUUGGACACGUGUUAUUCAAGCAAUUCAACAAAACUCCACCAAUUUUGGGCCAACUUCUGAUUUUCACAUUCCAAAUGAAUUCGAAGUUUGUGCAAAUUUGAGAUCGAGAGAGCAACUUGAUACAAUACAAAAUGCUCAUGAAAUUAUCAACAAUCAAUUUCAAUUUUGCUCAAAACCUCAAAUACAAAAUAUUCUUGAAAAACUCGAAAUGCAUAUGCGAACAAGUGCCAUUGAAUAUGAGAUGUUGGAAAAAACAAUUGGAGAAAUGACUGAAAAUUUGGAAAAGGCAAAUAAGGAAAUGUAUGAUUUGGAGGAUAUUAUUCAAAAAGUUAAUUUCAUGAAAGUCGCUCAAUAA